AUGUUUAAGAAGAGAAAGGAUACAAAAAAGGAGUAGGUUAUUAUUGAAGAUAAUUCAGAUUUAGCUGAAAAAGAAUAAGCCAGCAAAUUAUCUGAAUAAGCUGAGUUUAAUAAGGAAAGUAAAGAAAUCUUUGCUGAUGAAGAAAUUCAUUUAGUAAAACCAGUUGUAUACAAAAAGCCUAUUUCUAAUCAAUUAAGUUUUGUCGAAAAUGAAGAAGAAGCUGAUCAUAAUGAAGCAGAUAUUUCAGACAAAAUUAAAAAGGAAAAACCUAAAAAGAUAAAUAUGAGCAGUUUUCUAAGAAAUGAUGCAGCAGAUAUUGAUUAUAGCAAUUUACAAAAUAAAUAAAGCGAUUUCUACCAAUCAGCAUAUGAUAUUAAUGAGCUAAGAAAUGAAAGCAACAAAGUUAAUUAGCAAACUCUUAGUUUCAUAGAAUAACUUAAACAAGACAAAGAGAAUGGAGUCAUAGAAGAAGAAGAGUUGUAUUAAAUGGACCCUUCAGAAUAUGAUUAAAAGGUUAAUUAAAACAUUCAAAAUAUGGAAAUAGAGUACUCAUAAUCAGAAAAAUAAUAAAUAAAUAGCAUAAAAGAAUAGAGGUAAACACAAAAAAGCACAAUUUCUUCAGAUGAUUACAUUAAAUUAUGCGGUUAAGGAGACUUUAAUAUGGUAAAUAAUAUGGAAAAUAGAAGAAUGGCUAUGUUUGGAGAUAUAGAUAAUUAAAAAAAUAAUUUCGAAGUGGAAUAAGAUGAUAUAAGUGACGAAGAAUUCAAUUAGAUGGAAGAGGCUUUUGUUUAAAAUGCUAUGAAACACACUAAUUUGGUUAAUAGGGAUUUCACAUUUAUUAAUUAGAAAGGCUCAUUAUAGCAGAUGAAAAGAAAGAAAGAAGAAUCAUAGCUUAUAGCUAAUUUAGACAAAAUAAAUUUAAAAGAAACAAUUUAGUUGAUAGAAUCAAACCAUUUAACUAAUUUUAAAAUAAAGAAUCAAGAUGAAGAAAAAAAGAAAACAAUUACUUAAGUUGUGCAAAAGUCUAAGCAAGAUAUAGAAAAGUGGAAUGAAGAAAUUAAAAUUAUUGUAGAACAAGAAAGUGCAAUCUUAGAAAAUAUUGAAUUUUGGAGAGAAUUUAAUGACAUGAUGAAUGAAAAAUCUAAAGAAUUAAAGGUGGCCUUCAAAGAAAAUGAUAAACUUAAUAAAAGAUUCCUUUUCUCAAAUGAAAAGAGACUUUCUUCAUAUACAAAUUCAUUUUUACAAGAAAUGGGUCUUCCACUUAUCAAGAGAAAACACCAUGGAGAAGAUGAGGCAGAAGACUUGUACGAAACUUUCCCAUCUAACAUAAGGAGAUCUGCUAUUUAAGAGAAAAGAAAAUUGUAAGCAAAACAUGAAGUAGAAGGUGAAAAUAGAGUUGAUGGAUUCAGUUCUGAUGAAGAUUCUGAUUUACCUGAAGAAGACAGAGAUAUUAAUGAUACUAAGGAUUUCAUUGAUGAAAAAGUUGCUUUGGCUUCUGCUGCACUAGGGAUUAUGGAUGAGAUAGAAGACUAUUAUAAAGAUUUUUAAACUUAUUUGAAAUACUCUUCUUAAUACAAUGAAUUAGAUAAUUCAAUCUAAACUGAGGAUAUUCUUUUCAGUUGCUUAUAAAAUUAAGUGUAAGUAGAACUAUUCACUUAUGACCCAUUAGGCAGAUACUCUAGCCAGCUAAACACAGACAUUAAUACAAUCUCUUUUAUGAAUCAAAUCAACACUGAGUAAACAAAUGAAAAUUCUAUUCACAAGGAGCUUGUAUCUAAGGUAAAAUAAAAAAUCAUGGAGAAAUAUGUUUUUGAUAAGCUUUUAUAAGAAAUACUUUACUGUUACAAUCCUUAUAGCUUAAAGUAAACAGUUUAGCUAUAAAUUUCGUUUUUACAAUUAGCUGAUAUAUCUUAUAUUUCAUCUCAAUACAAAUCCAAAGAAGUACAAACAAUAUUCUAAAAAGUUAUUACAGCUGUGAUAAAUAAAUUUGAAGAAUAUUUUACAUACACUUCGUCUUUUCCUUCAUCUUUAGAUUCUACUAAAAUUAAUUCUGAGUAUUAGAAAUUCUGUAUAGGAAGAAACUUAAGACUUUUUAGUAAUAUUUUGGCUCUUAUAAAAAUGGUUCCUGCUUCUGCUAUUUAUUCUUUAGGAUUUGAAAAAAUAGUAAAAACAAGUUUAUAAAUAAUUAAUAUUUUUACUGAUCCAUAAAUGAAAGCCUUUUACUUAGCUAAGUUCCUUGUUCAGAUCCCCCUCGAAGUUAUAGAUAGGAACAAUUAAAUUAAGUAAAGUGUAAUUUAGAUAAGCGACUUACUAGAUGUAUAGCUUGAGUCCAUUAAUAAUGAAAUAAGAAAUUUGAAUGAAUAUGAAAAAGAGCAGUUAUAUUAGCUGAAAGAGCGUAUAUAGUAGCUUUCUGAAUGA